UUAGUUGACCAGAUUACUUAUUUUCUUAUUAUCCUUUUGUUAUUAGUGUGAAAUCUUGAUUGUCAAUUUUCUAUAGUUGAGCAUUGAUAUGAGAAAGAUUAUGACGGAACCACUUUCUAGAAAAGUGGAUGUCCCAGGGCCAAAGAGAACCCCUAAAUUUCAGGACCUUCAAAAAACGUUUGCUUUGUUUAAAAUGAUAAAGUCAUUCAUAUUUCCAUCUCAUAGUUUCUCUGCUUCAUUUUUCAGAGUUAUUCAUGCAAUCCAUACCAUUUGAGCUUUUAACUUAGCAAGUGUAUCACAUUCUUGUGGUCUCAGACUGUUUGCAUAGCCUUGAUUCCUUUCUAUCAACCAUGGUUGCCAAUAUCUUUCAUGUUGCAAUGUAUCCAUGGUUUGCAUUAGGCCAUCUUACCUCAUACCUUCAUAUAUCCAAUAAACUUGCUGAGAGGGGCCACAAGAUUUCAUUUCUUAUGCCCAGAAAUACUAUAUCCAAAUUGGAACAUUUCAAUCUCCACCCGGAUCUCAUCUCCUUCGUUCCAAUCACCAUACCACAUGUUGAUGGCCUCCCUCUUGGAUCUGAAACAACUGCAGACAUUCCUUUCUCAUUGCAUUCCCUUCUCAUGACUGCAAUGGACCUCACCGAGCCUAUCAUAGAAGAUACUCUUAGAGAGCUUAGACCCCAUAUGGUCUUCUUUGAUUUCACAUAUUGGUUACCUGCACUAGCAUGCCGUUUAGGCAUUAAGGCUUUACAUUACUGCACAAUUAGCCCUGCCACUGUGGGGUAUCUGAUAAGCCCCGAAAGAAAACUCCAUGAAAAGUCAUUGACAGAAGAGGAUCUGAUUGACCCUCCACCAAGUUUUCCACCAUCAGCUAUCAAGCUACAACCUCAUGAAGCAAGAGGGUUAGCCACUGCCACUGUAAAGGGUUACGGCAAAGACAUUUCAUUUACGAAGCGUCAGUUGAUCUCUUUCACCAGUUGUGAUGCUAUUGUUUUCAAAACUUGCCGAGAAAUGGAAGGCCCUUAUUGUGACUAUCUUGAAAAGACAAUGAGAAAGCAAGUCAUUUUGGCAGGACCAGUUUUGCCAGACCCACCAACAACUACUUUAGAAGAAAAAUGGGUGACUUGGCUAGGAGGUUUCAAAUCCAAAACAGUGAUUUUUUGUGCCUUUGGAAGUGAAUGCAUUUUGAAGAGUAAUCAAUUUAAGGAACUAUUAUUGGGUUUUGAACUUACAGGAAUGCCUUUUCUAGCUGCCCUCAAACCACCCAUAGGAGCUAAAACAAUGAAAUUAGCUCUGCCUGAAGGAUUUAUUGAGAGAACAAAGGGAAGAGCGAUAGUUGUAGGGGAUUGGGUUCAGCAGCAAUUGAUCCUAAGCCACCAAUCUGUGGGUUGUUUUGUGACUCAUUGUGGAUCUGGGUCAUUAACAGAGGCCAUGGUAACUGAUUGUCAACUGGUACUCCUGCCCCACGCAGGAGAUCAAUUUAUUAACGCAAGAAUAAUGAGUGGAGAUUUGAAAGUAGGAGUAGAGGUCGAGAAAAGUGAAGAUGAUGGACUAUUUACCAAGGAAGCUGUGUGCAAGGCAGUAAAAACCGUAAUGGACAGUGAGGGUGAACUGGGUCAUAUGGUGAGAACUAAUCAUGCUAAAUGGGGGAAGUUCUUGCUCAGUCAGGGUCUGGAAAAUUCCUAUGUGGAUGAUUUGGUUCAGAAGCUGGACAGUUUGCUCAAGUCUUGAUUCAGAAAGUACCAAGUGUAAAGAGAGAACACAUAUUGAUGUAAUGACAUAAAUGAAUGUGACAUUUUACUUCUUUGGUUUGGUGUAUAAGCUGAAUGUUUCUGCGCAGUAUAGAAAAACUAAAUUAUGUUGUUGGAUAUUCUAUCCAGAACUAUAAUUGACAUGUAAAAUUUCAUUUCA